GGCCUUCUCCCUCUCCUCACCCUCACUAAUAUGGAAAACAACAUAGAAUAGAGGAAGAAAGAACAACCCUCUCUCUCUCUCUCUCUCUCUCUCUCUAGAUAUAUAUAUAUAUAUAUCACAUUCCUCCCCCUACUUUACAAUACACUACCACUUUUGAACCUAGCUUCUCUGUUUUUGUAAGAUUAUUUUGGUGGAAAAAAGGAUUAUCAAGAAGUGGUACAAUUUUUUUUUUUUUUUUUUGUUGAAGAGAGAGAAAGAUAGGGUUUUUGAUUGUCUGGUGAAAAAUGGGGAGAGGGAGGGUGCAGAUGAAGAGGAUAGAGAACAAGGUGAGCAGACAAGUGACGUUUUCGAAACGGAGGACUGGGCUCCUGAAGAAAGCCCACGAGAUUUCUGUGCUGUGCGAUGCCGAGGUUGCUCUGAUCGUCUUCUCCACUAAAGGAAAGCUCUUUCAGUACUCCACCCACUCCAGUAUGGAAAGCAUCUUGGAAAAAUAUGAGAGCUACUCCUGUGCAGAGAGACAACUUGUUGCAACUAAUUCUGCGGCUCAGAUAAACUGGACCCUGGAAUACCCCAAGCUCACAGCAAGGAUUGAAGUCCUACAAAGGAACAUAAGGCACUAUGUGGGUGAAGAUCUUGACCCAUUGAGCCUGAGAGAGCUUCAAAGUUUGGAGCAACAGAUUGACACUGCUCUCAAAAGAAUAAGAUCAAGGAAGAGCCAACUUAUGCAUGAAUCUAUAUCUGAGCUACAGAAAAAGCAAAAGUCAUUGCAAGAGCAAAACAACCUACUAGCAAAGAAGGUCAAGGAAAAUGAAAAGACACUAGGUGAGUGGGCACAAUGUAACCUACAACAGAACCAAGGUGGACAAAGUUCAUCCACCUUGGUCUUACCCCAGCUGCCUCGUCCUCCACCGUUCCAUUCUCUAACCAUUGGUGGACCUUUCCAAGCAAGAGGAGCCGACAACGGCAGUGCUCAACCUCAUCCCCCUGCCAACACCAUGAUGCCGCCAUGGAUGCUCCGCCAUGUGAAUCAAUAAAAGGAGGGAGGAGACCCCAAUUUUCCAGCCGGUGAAGGACAAUAAGUGAAUAUAUGAAUCACUGCAAUAUUGAUGCUGCCCAUAUGUACAUCCGUUGUAGUAUCCUUUAUCUAUCUGACUGUAUCGAUACCUGGAAAUAUUUUCCAUUCGAUUUCUGCUGGCAGAAGGUGUACACAAAGCAGAGCGUGGCAGUAUUGUGUAUGCACGCAGACUUGAAACGAAUCUAGUCAUAUAUUUCAGGCGAAAAAGAGAACUAGAUGCCAACAAUUUUACCGAAUAAAGUACAACAUGCUCGCGUAUGGGCCCAAAACACUGCAACUGUAAGCGGGGGACUAUUUCACUGCGAGUGUGUUUUAUUUCUUUGGUAAAAUUGUUGGUGCCUCUAGUAAAUUUUUAUUA